GUAAUGUACAGACAGGAAGUGAUGUAGGGUUACGACAGGAAGUUCCAGAUGAAAGGUGAUUUCGUAAGGAAAAUAUGAGGAAACACUACUGGAAGUAGAUCAGAGGUAACCAGUGCCAAGAAGAUUGUAGAAGUCACCAACAAGAUCAUUGAUCUGCUGACAGGAGAGGUUCCUAUAAGGUGUCAGGAUGUCACUGUCUAUUUCUCCAUGGAGGAGUGGGAGUAUUUAGAAGGACACAAGGAUCUCUACAAGGACGUCAUGAUGGAGGAUCAGCCGCCUCUCACAUCACUGGAUGGAUCCAGUAAUGGGAACCCACCAGAGAGAUGUCCUCAUCCUCUUUAUUCCCAGGGUUCAACCCAAGAAGAUCACACCAUCCCCCAUCAUGAUCAGAGGGAAGAGAUGAAAUACAUUAAAGUUGAAAUAGAAGAGGAAGAAAAGAUGAUCGUUGGUGGAGAACAGCAGUCUAUGGAGAACGUCUAUCCUCCGUAUUCCCAGGACUUCACAAAGGAAGAACCCAGCAUCUCUCAGGAUGAAGAACUGAAAGACAUCAAGGUUGAGGUAAAAGAGGAAGAAGAAGAGACAAUGGUGAGUGAACAUCAGCAGACUACGGAGGAGCAGGAGAUAAUUAUAAAAAGUGAACAGGCGGAAUCUUCACUUUAUAUCGACACAAGUGGACACUACGUCUCGAAAAAUAUAUCUUCAGAAUAUAAAACCACAUCACAAUGUUCUCCCGGAGUAAAACGCAUUACACAAAUAAUACAUCAUAAAACCUAUCAAAUGGAGAGAUCCUGGGAUUUCUCUGAUCCAGAGGAAUCUUCUGAUGAUCCACAUACUAUUAUUAUUGAAUCUCACAGUACAGAUCCAUCUAAUCCUUUAAACCAUAAGGGUAAGCUCUCCUUGUCACGUACAGUGUCUUGGAAAUCUUCGAAAGAAACUGGAGAGCCUCCUAUACAACAGAAAAGUUAUAAGACUUACUCAUGUCCGGAGUGUGGGAAAUGUUUCCAUCAGAAAAGCAACUUUAUCAGUCAUGAGAGAGUUCACACAGGAGAACGUCCUUUCUCAUGUUCUGACUGCGGUAAAUGUUUUAGUGACAAAGGAAACCUUCUUAAACACCAGAGAAUUCACACCGGUGAGCGUCCCUUUUCAUGUUCAGAGUGCGGGAAAUGUUUUACUCAGAAGGGAGAACUUGUUAAUCACCAGAGAAUUCACACAGGGGAGCGUCCUUUCUCAUGUUCAGAUUGUGGGAAAGGUUUCAUUCAGAAAGUAAGCCUUGUUAAACACCAGAGAACUCACACGGGUGAGCGUCCUUAUUCGUGUUCAGAGUGCAGUAAAACGUUCACUCAGAAGGGAGACCUCGUUAUUCACCAGAGAAGUCACACGGGGGAGCGGCCUCAUUCGUGUUCAGAGUGCGGGAAAUCUUUCACUCAGAAAAGACAACUUGUUAUCCACCAGAGAAUUCACAAGAAUGAGCGUCCUUUCUCGUGUCCAGAGUGUGGGAAAUGUUUCAGUCAGAAAGGAAACUUUCUUAAUCACCAGAGAGCUCACACUGGAGAGCGUCCUUUCUCGUGUUCAGAGUGCGGGAAGUCGUUCCAUGAAAAAGGAAAUCUUCUUAAACACCAGAGAAUUCACACUGGUAAACGUCCCUAUUCAUGUUCAGAGUGCGGGAAAUCUUUUGUUCAGAAAGGAGAACUUAAUAACCACCUGAGAAUUCACACAGGAGAGCGUCCUUAUUCAUGCUCAGAAUGUGGGAAAGGUUUCAUUCAGAAAGAACACCUUCUUAAACACCAAAGAAUUCAUACGGGUGAGCGUCCCUACGCAUGUUCAGAGUGUGGGAAACGUUUUAUUCAGAAGGAAAGACUUACUCAACACCUGAGAAUACACACGGGUGAGCAUCCCUAUUCAUGUCCAGAGUGUGGGAAGUGUUUCAAAGACAAAGGAAACCUUCUUAAACACCAGAAAAUUCACACGGGUGAACGUCCUUUUUCAUGCUCAGAGUGUGGGAAAGCUUUCCCUCAGAGAGAAAAACUUCUUAUACACCAGAGAAGUCACACAGGUGAGCGUCCCUUUCCGUGUUCAGUGUGCGAGAAAAGAUUUAUCCGGAAAGAUAAACUUCUUAGACAUCAAAGAAUUCACACGGGUGAGCGUCCUUAUUCGUGUUCAGUGUGCGGGAAAAGUUUCACCCAGAAAAGUGCCCUUGACCGACAUCAGAAAAUUCACGAUUAUAAAGUAGUGAAGAAAAUAUCUGGUGAUCCAUUAACAUUCAGCAGUAGUCUUCACAGGACAUCACCCAUCACAGCGCCUCCACCUCACUGCCUGACAACCGAGUAUUCCUGGGAUUCCACUCAGGAAGAUCACACAAUCCCCCACCAUCAUCAGAGGGAAGAGCUGAAAUACAUCAAAGUUGAAAUUGAAGAGGAAGAAAAGAUGAUCGUUGGUGAAAAACAGCAUUCUAUGGAGAACGUCUAUCCUCCGUAUUCCCAGGAUUUCACACAGGAAGAUCCCAGCAUCUCUCAGGAUGAAGAACUGAAAAACAUCAAAGUUGAGGUAAAAGAGGAAGAAGAAGAGAGGUUGGUGAGUGGAGAUCAGCAGUCUAUGGAGGAGCAGGAGAUGGUUAUGAAAAGUGAACAGGCAGAAUCUUCUCUACAUAUAGAUACAAGAGGACACUAUGUCCUGAAUAACGUACCUUCAGAAUGUAAAGAAGAAGAAAAUCCCACCACACAACGUUCUCCAGGAGAAAAUCCCUCCACACAACGUUCUCCAGGAGAAAAUCCCACUACACAACGUUCUCCAGGAGAAAAUCCCACCACACAACGUUCUCCAGGAGAAAAUCCCACCACACAACGUUCUCCAGGAGAAAAUCCCACCACACAAUGUUCUCCAGGAGGAAAUCCCACCACACAACGUUCUCUAGGAGUGAAUCGUAUUACACAAAUAAUACAUCAUAGAACUUAUCAUAUAGAGAGAUCCUGGGAUUUCUCUGAUCCUGAGGAUUCUUCUGAUAAUCCACAUACUAUUAUUUUUGAAUCUCACAGUACAGAUAAAUCAACAGAUUCAUCUAAUCCCGAGGAAUCUUCCUUGAACCAUGAAGGAUCUCACACAAGAGAACAUUCCUUGUCACGUACAAUGUCUGGGAAAGCUUUGAAAGAAACUGGAGAGUCGCCUAUACAACAGAAACGUUAUAAGCCUUACUCAUGUCCGGAGUGUGGGAAAUAUUUCAAUCAGAAAAGCAACUUAAUCAAUCACCAGAAAGUUCACACAGGAGAACGUCCUUUCUCAUGUUCUGACUGCGGUAAAUGUUUUAUUGACAAAGGACACCUUCUUAAACACCAGAGAAUUCACACCGGUGAGCGUCCCUAUUCAUGUUCAGAGUGCGGGAAAUGUUUUAUUCAGAAGGUUUUACUUGUUAAUCACCAGAGAAGUCACACUGGAGAGCGUCCUUAUUCAUGUUCAGAAUGUGGGAAAGGUUUCAUUCAGAAAGAACACCUUCUUAAACACCAAAGAAUUCAUACGGGUGAGCGUCCCUACGCAUGUUCAGAGUGUGGGAAACGUUUUAUUCAUAAGGAAAGACUUACUCAACACCUGAGAAUUCACACGGGUGAGCAUCCCUAUUCAUGUCCAGAGUGUGGGAAGUGUUUUAACUGCAAAGGAAACCUUCUUAAACACAAGAAAAUUCACACGGGUGAGCGUCCUUUUCCAUGCUCAGAGUGUGGGAAAGCUUUCCCUCAGAGAGAAAAUCUUCUUAUACACCAGAGAAGUCACACAGGAGAGCGUCCUUUCUUGUGUUUAGACUGUGGGAAAGGUUUCAUUCAGAAAGAACACCUUCUUAAACACCAAAGACUUCAUACGGGUGAGCGUCCCUACAUGUGUUCAGAGUGUGGGAAAAGUUUUAUUGUGAAGGAAAGACUUACUCAACACCUGAGAAUACACACGGGUGAGCAUCCCUAUUCAUGUCCAGAGUGUGGGAAGUGUUUCAAAGACAAAAGAAACUUUCUUAAACACCAGAAGAUUCACACGGGUGAACGUCCUUUUCCAUGGUGAUUCCCCGUACACACGAGGGGUUUUCCCGUCGAAAAAAAAAAGCAAUGGUUUUCCCCACGGAAUUCCUCUCAAGCCUG